AUGACGAUCCAACGCUGGGAACAGCAGGCGCAGAAAGGCAGGGAUCUCCUGAAUAAUUCGGUCCCCAAAAAAUGGCUCGCACCUACCGAUCAACUGCCGCCCGUUACACAGAAGAAUGUGCUCGACUUCCCGAGGAAAAGCGGGUUGUUGACGGAGCGCGAGCUCAGAAUCACGGAGCAGUCGGCGACGGACUUGGUGAGCGAGAUGGGGAAGGGGAAUUUGACUGCUGAAGAAGUUGUUGUGGCGUUUUUGAAGCGGUCUGUCUUAGGACAUCAGCUGCUGAACUUCGCGACUGAAUUCCUGGCCGACGAGGCCAUUGCUCGUGCCAAGGAGCUGGAUGCGUUCUAUCAGAAGUCUGGGCGUCUGAUUGGGCCUCUUCACGGUGUGCCUAUCAGCGUGAAGGAGCAUGUCGGGUUCAAGAACAAGACUUGCCAUACUGGAUACGUUGCUUGGGUCGACAGAGUAAUGGAUGAGGAUGCACACUUGCUUCAGCUUCUCUGGAAAGCCGGUGCCGUCUUCCACGUCCGCACGAACCAGCCUCAGGCCCUGAUGCACCUCUGCUCGGAGAACAACAUCACCGGCAAGACUUACAACCCGAUUAACAGGACCCUAACACCAGGUGGUUCCUCCGGCGGCGAGGGCGCAGCGCUAGCCUUCCGAUGCUCGCCUCUCGGAAUUGGAACUGACAUUGGUGGAUCAAUCCGAGGACCCGCUGCCUUCUGCGGUGGCUAUGGCUUCAAGCCUACCUCUGGACGUAACCCGAUGCUGGGUAUUCACGUUGCUGCGGCUGGACAAGAAGAUAUCCACGGUGUGGUUGGACCUAUGGGCCCGGCCUCAAUUGACGACCUGGAACUCUUCCAGAAGGCAGUUAUUGAUCAGGAGCCGUGGGAGGAUGAGACCUCGCUGGUGCCUCUGCCUUGGAAGAAUGCUACUCCGAAGAAGGAUAUGACCGUAGCUAUUAUGUGGGAUGAUGGUGUUGUCCGUCCCCAUCCUCCCGUCACUCGUGCUCUGCGGGUUGCAAAGGAGAAGCUUCUCGCAGCUGGUAUCAAGGUCGUCGACUGGGAGCCAUACAAGCACAGCUAUGGCUGGGACGUCAUCUCCGCCCUCUACUACCCCGACGCCGCAGGCCUACAACGCCAAAUGCUCCGCACAUCUGGUGAACCCCCACUCCCACUGAGCGACUGGGCCUUCUCCUAUGGCCGACCUAACCCACUCACCCACCAUGAAACCUGGAAACUGCAUUGCGAGCGCGAUACCUUCCGUGACGAAUACAAUGCGCUCUUCAAGACCCGCGGCGUGGACUUUAUCAUUUCGCCCAACUACCCCGGCGUCGCGGCCGUCAUGGGCGAGUCGCACUACUGGAAUUACACUGCGAUUUGGAACCUGCUAGAUGUUCCCGCUGCGACGAUCCCAUCGGGACUUGUUGUUGAUGCGAAGUUGGAUGCCCUCACCGAUGAGGAUAGGAAGUAUGUUCCGCGCAAUGAGGCGGAUGAGAGGGAGUGGAGAAAGUAUGAAGGUCCGGAACGGUAUGAGGGUGCGCCUAUUGCGUUGCAGGUUGCCGGUCGCCAUUUUAAGGAUGAGGAGACGCUUGCUGCGGCUAGGCUUGUUGAGGAGGUUGUAAGGGAUGGGAAGAAGGGUCCUGCUGUUUAG